AGCAACAACCAAAGAAGAAACAAAACACUUUACAAACUGUUGAACCAGAAAGCAGUAUGUCCACCAACAACAACAACGAAACUCCACUUAUGGACGUCGACCCUCUUCCGCUCGAUAAAAGAAAGGGUAAAGAAGUUUUACAAAGUGAAACAACCUUAGUUGUCACCGCAGAACAAACCCUCAAGAUAUCUCUAUGA